CUCACGGCCACCUCGCCCCAAGGCGACCUCGAGGUGCCCCCAGCUUGCCCACUUCUCAGGAAAGAGAGAUUUGGAGAAUGCGGCAGAACUCCCCGCAGGAGCAGGCCCGCUCCUCGCCCCGCCCCGGCAGGGAGAAGGAAGGACCACCUCUCCCCCAAACCUUGCCCAAACCUGACACUCGGGACCCUGGACUGGGACGAUCUCCCAGGUGCCAGCUCAGGGAGUCCAUGAAAACGUUCAACCAAUCGAAUGAGCUCCUUCCCCAGCCAUAGUCCCCAGCCGCCAGAGAUAAGGGAGGCUACCAUUAUUUACAUUGCCCGUGCCUGGAAGGGAAACUGAGGUUGAGCAGGAACAAUCCGAGGAACUGAGCCUUGAACCGAGAUUCCGAACUCGGACCCGAACAGGCCCAGCCAGAACUCCGACACCGCCCCCUACGGUGCAGCACAAGAGGGCGAAGGGGCGGGGCAUGUGUACCGGAAGCUGCCUCUGCCCACAACCAAGAUGGCUGCAGAGAGGGCGGAAGUGUCCGCACGUCCGGCCUCCGAGGCCUCUCUUUCUGCCCUGGCGGUCCCGCUCUCGAUGGUGGCGUGACGGGGGGCGGGGGUGGUGGCGCGUUCUUCUGGGUUGGGAGAGAACCAGCCCGCGAACCCAGGCCGGGAGGGGGUUUCGGCCUGGGGGGAAGGGGAUUGACAUGUCUCUCGAAGACCCCUUUUUUGUAGUCCGAGGCGAGGUGCAGAAGGCGGUGAACACGGCCCGCGGGCUAUACCAGCGCUGGUGCGAGCUUCUGCAGGAAAGCGCGGCGGUCGGACGCGAGGAGCUGGACUGGACGACCAAUGAGCUACGGAAUGGCCUGCGCAGCAUCGAGUGGGACCUCGAGGACCUGGAAGAGACCAUCGGUAUAGUGGAAGCCAACCCAGGCAAGUUCAAGCUCCCGGCCGGGGACCUGCAGGAGAGAAAGGUGUUCGUGGAGCGGAUGCGAGAGGCAGUCCAGGAAAUGAAGGACCAUAUGGUCAGCCCAACAGCCGUAGCAUUUUUGGAGAGGAAUAACAGAGAGAUCCUGGCAGGCAAGCCAGCUCCCCAGAAGUCACUCAGCGACCUGCUGGAUGCCAGUGCAGUCUCGGCCACGUCUCGCUACAUCGAAGAGCAGCAGGCCACACAGCAGCUGAUCAUGGACGAACAGGAUCAACAGCUGGAGAUGGUGUCUGGGAGCAUCCAGGUUCUGAAGCACAUGUCCGGCCGCGUUGGGGAAGAGCUGGACGAGCAGGGCAUCAUGCUGGAUGCCUUCGCCCAAGAGAUGGACCACACCCAGUCCCGCAUGGACGGGGUCCUCAGGAAGUUGGCCAAAGUAUCCCACAUGACGAGUGACCGCCGACAGUGGUGUGCCAUCGCCGCGCUGGUGGGGGUGCUUCUCCUUGUUCUUAUUUUACUUUUCUCUCUCUGACCCCAGCCCUCCCUGGCAGGCUGGUCCCUUAAGCCUGGGGAGCCACCAAGCACUUUGGAGCUGGCCUAGCCCCCUAGGAGGAGAGGGUCCCUCCUGGGUAGCUGGAAAGUAGAGGUUCCUGCCUGGGGAACUGUCCCCACGGUUCCCCCCCAGAGCCAGUGGUACCCUUCAGGACCCUGGGCCGAAACCACCACCACUGGUCCUGUCUCAAGUGCACUUAGGGGGUGGUGGAGGCAGGGUCACCUCAGACACACCCCUCUCCAUUUCCGGUUCCGGGACCCCAAAGCCAUUCGCCCCUGUGCCUUACACAUGUGCCAACCUGGAAAUAAAACGUCAGCCUUUUUUAUACGUA